AUGGAGAUGCUAGAGAGGAUCUUGUCCACUGCUGAUGUAUUUUGUUUAGACAGAAGGGAGUUGUUUACUGGCAACCUCCUGAGUCAGCUAUGGAUAAGAUCGAAAAAAUCAUCAGGGAACCAACAGUUAGUAGGUAUGGUUCUGAUGAUGGACUUCCUGAGCUUUGAGAAGCACUUCUCGAAAAGCUACCAAGUCAUCAGUCAUGGUCACUGCUGGUGCAAAUCAGAUUGGUUGGAGAAGGUUCUGAAAGAAAAUGACCCUAUCCCUAAACUUGUUACUGUUGUGAAUCCGAGGAACCCCUCUGGAGCUUUUAUUCCCAGGCCUAUGCUUGAGAUCUGA